UCAACACAAAUAAAUGUGACGUCAAAGCUAUCAAGUGAACUAUGGUGGCUCGGUGAGAUCGUCGAGGAAUACCGAUAAAACAGGAAGUUUUCUUUUGCUUUACAUAUUGAAAUAAUUUGGGCAGUGCCUAUUUUCUGUGUAACGUGUAAGUAAACUUAUCAAUUUAGUUUACUUAAUUUGUGAUUACUUCCGAUUAGAUGAACAACGCAACUACUAGUACUAUCUUAGUAUCUGUGUGUAUCAUAAUCAAGUCACUUGGAGUUGGAAUAGAUUUGGAAAACAGCAGAAGUUAAGUAACGUAACAAAUGUUUGGAGUCACCGCCCCUAAAAAGGUUGGUGUUUAGCAUUUCAUCACUGAGGAUCUGAAAUGACCUUGAUAAGCAGAAUAACAUUCUGAAAAGCUUGAAGACUGGAUAGAAUAACUGAGUUUUUCAUUUGCUGAAAAGAAGAAAGUGCUGCAUUCUGAAACAUAUUGUCAUUUUGUAUUCAUGGAACUCUGAAUUCAUGAUUGAAAUGACACUGCUACUUUAGAAUGACUGUAGAUAGUAAGUGGGAGGUCUUUGUAUUUAGGCUUCCAAAAAGUGAGUUAGGUUUUUCAAGCGUAGUAGAUUUUGGCAAGUGCCACUGCACUUACUUAGUGAGAGACACUAGUUAUGAAACAAUUGUGAUAAGAGAUGUAUGGUUUUAGUGCCUUACUGUACUCAAAGUACUUUUAAUUAAUUGGUUCCUAGCUCUUAGAACAUUUAGUAUUUACACAUAUCUUGGAGUUUUGGUGUUAUCUGCCUUUUUCUGGGGUACAAUGUUCAUAGGAUUCAAAAUAAUUUAAUUUAGGAAGAGAAGCUGUGGAUUCAUUAGUACCGUAAUGUCUUUCUUUAAUAAUUUUAAAAAGAUUUUUAAUCUUGGAGGAAGUGUCAACAGUGGUGAGAUUAAAAGAAGGCGUGUCUACCACAACAUCAAAUUUAAUGAAAACCCUAAGGAAUACUGGGAAAUUGUUGGAGAACUUGGAGAUGGUGCAUUUGGAAAAGUGUACAAGGCAAAACACAAGGAAAAUGGAACACUUUCUGCUGCCAAAAUUUGUGAGCUGAAAGGAGAAGAUGACCUGGAUGAUUUUACAGUAGAAAUUGAUAUCCUCACCGAAUUUAAACAUCCAAACAUAGUGUCACUACAGGAAGCUUUCUUUUAUGAGGGAGAUUUAUGGAUGUUAAUAGAGUUCUGUGAGGGAGGAGCUUUGGAUACUAUCAUGAUGGACUUGGAAAAACCGUUGACUGAGCAACAAAUCCGAUAUGUGUGCCGGGAGGUGUGUAUUGGUUUGGACUUCUUACACAAGAAUAAAGUCAUCCACCGGGAUCUCAAAGCUGGAAAUAUCUUACUGACCUUGGAUGGUGGAGUAAAAUUAGCUGAUUUUGGUGUUUCUGCUAAGAACCAAUCAGAUCUUCAAAAAAGAGACUCAUUCAUUGGGACGCCAUAUUGGAUGGCUCCAGAAGUAGUUCUUUGUGAAACACUGCGAGACAUUCCAUAUGACUCUAAGGCAGAUAUUUGGAGCUUGGGAAUUACACUGAUAGAAAUGGCCCAGAUGGAACCCCCACAUCAUGAAGCUACUCCUAUGCGUGUUCUGUUGAAGAUACAAAAGUCUGAUCCUCCUAAACUGGACAGGCCAUCAAAAUGGUCAAAGGAGUUCAAUGAUUUCCUAGCCACAUGCUUGGUAAAAGAUCCUCAACAGAGAUUAAGUGCUGAAGAUCUCCUGAAGCACCCUUUUAUAGCCAAUGCAGUAGACAGAAAACCACUGAUAGAACUAAUCACUGAAUACAAAGCUGAAGUGUUUGAAGAAUUGACAGAAGAUUCAGAUUAUUUAAGUGAUCUUAGACUGAAUAAUGAGGUAUCUUCUAGAUCUAGUCUGUAUCGAGAAUCACAAAUCAGUAUAGACAGUGAAGCCCUUGAACUGAUUUCUACAUUGUCAGAAGUAGAAGAAGGAUCAGAGGAAAUAGUAGAUACCAAGAAAGAAAAUUUUGUUGAAGAGCAACAGAAUUUUGGGAAGGAACAAGAAGAAAGAAAAACCACUGAUAAUGUAAUUGAAGAUAAAGUUUCUUAUGAGGAACUAGAAAAAUCUAAAGAUAAAAACGAGCCAAUAGAACAGCUGUUUGAACAACAUUCUGUCAAGUCAUCAGAAGCUAAUAGUACCACAGAACCGCAAUAUCAGUUAAUAGGAGUUAGCCAAAAUAAAGAUACUUCUAAAGAACUGUUAGAAAUAACAGUGAAUCAACCAUCUUUUGAGAAGAAAGAUGAGGUUCCAUAUGCAGAAAAAAAAAAUGGGGUCCCCUGGACAGAAUUAAUAGUGCUCAAUGAACAGAAACCUGCACAGCAGGAAGUUGUUGUAGUAACUAGCAGUGGGAUUGCUGCAUGUGGUAGUACUGUUACCAGUUCAUUCCCAGAAGCAAUUAGAGCUAUUCCAGCUGAUCAGGUCAAGAAUGGAGAAGUAGUCAUUGUGUCCAGUUCAUCAUUAUAUGACGAUCAAACGGGUUAUCAAUCAUUAGAUGAUGAUGAAGAAAAUGGGGAAGAUUAUGAACAAGAAAGUACAGCUGAAGCUAUUAAUCUACUCAUUGAUGAAGCCAUCAAAGAGCAGGAUGAAGAUUUUGAUAGAAAACAUUGUCAGUCCUGGAAAGAAGUCAACCAUGAAGUUACAAUUUCAUCUAGUCACAGUUUCUUGGAGGUAGGUGAAGAGAUUGAUCGCCAGUCAGCUAACAGCUCAGUUUCCUGUGAUACAAGUCAUGUCUCCAUAGUUACAGUAGGAGACACUGAACAAGUGAAGGACUCAUCUGUUGCACUUGAGGGGUCAACAUUAGAAUCUACAGAUGUAGACGUUCUCGAGUUCAAAGCAGGAAAAUGGGCAAUUAGAGAAGAAGAACUAUGGAAUUCAGAGAAGACUAAAAAAAAUGUACUUGUAAUUAAACAAGAAGACUUGACAUCUAAGGAUAUGACUGCUAAAAACAAAACUGAAGUAGUAGUAAUAAAUAGUAUUAACAGUGAACAUUUAGUGUCUGAGGGACAGAUAGUAGAACCCAGUGAACUGAAACCUAAUAUUAGAAUGGUAGAAACAGAGAGAGAGGACAGCAAUGGAAUGUUUGAUGAAGGAAAAAGUGCUGAUAAAGUUUCUAUCAAGACUUCCAUAUCAAAUGCUUCCUAUGAAGACAAACCUAAAAUUAAAGUAAACCUCAACUUAAAAAAAAGCUCUUCUUCACCACCAUCAUCUCCUGUUUUCCCUAGUUCAUCAGAAAUUAAACAAAAAUUGCCAGCUAGUGCACCUAAUACUGCACCUUCCACACCUGCAGAGAAUGAAAGAUUGAUACGCCGAUCUAUAUCUGCAACUACAAAUAAUACACUUUCUCAUAAGAAGGAAGUAUCAGACACAGAAAGUGUGUCUACUUUAGGCAGUACAGGAAGUCAUGGAAGUGGAGACAGCAAUGACAAAGAAAACCGGGAAAAGGAAGAAAACCAGACUGUGCUGAGGAAAAAGAAAGAUCAAGAGCAGAACAAUAAUGUUUCAAACAUUAUUAAAAAAGCUAAGACAGCUAAACGUACUGCAUCUGCCCAACGGAAGACCCUGAAACGUACUAGGAAGUUUAUGAUUGAUGGAGUUGUAAUGACUACUACUCAGAGUAAAGUUAUAUAUGGUGAAGAAGACAGCUUUAAAGAUGAUCAUUACCUAAGGAAACAAGAGAUGAGAGAACUAAAAAUGUUGCAAAAACAAGAAACCAAACAGUUCCAAGAUCUAGCCAUGAAAGCACAGUUUUUAACAGAACAACAGGAAAAAAAAAUUGAACAGGAAAUGGCUGUCCUCAUAAGAAAUUAUGAUGCUGAUCUGGAAGUCCACAACAGACAACAAAAACAAAUAGUUGAGCGAGCAGAGCAACAGCAGGAAUCAGAAUUAAAAGUAGCAUCCAAGAAGAUCAGGAGUGAACAGGAACGAGAAUUAAAGUUAUUCAGAGAAAGCAUGAGAAAUGAAGCAAAAUUAUUGAAACAAGAAGUAGAGUUGUUACCAAAAGACAAACGAAAGGACAUCUUCAGGGUCAGGAAGGAAGAACUAGAUCGUGAACAUGCAGAAAGGGAGCGGCAGUUCCUGGAAAAGCUCAAUGAAAAUCAUGAGAUGUCUAUGAAGCGCUUGUUAGACUGCCACAGAGAGAAGAUUGCUUUAGUGGAGACACAGUUUCUACAACAGAAACAACAACUUCUGAGAGCUCGAGAAGCUGCAGUGUGGGAGUUAGAAGAGCGACAUUUACAUGAAAAAUACCAGUUAGCUAAAAAGCAGCUAAAAGACAUCUUCUUUCUGCAGAGGCAUCAGAUGGUUAUUCGUCAUGAGAAGGAAUUGGACCAAAUUCAACGAAUGAAUUUGCACAAAGAAGAAGACCUUUUGAAAAGACAAGCUUAUGAGAAAAAACAAUUACCUAAACGCAUCCGACAGGAAAUGAAGACCCGAGAACUCAUGUUCCGAGAGAGUUUGCGAAUCAGCAUGCCUCCCUAUUCCGAGUCUCCUAAUGGAGAAAGAACUAAAAUACGCAAGUUCCAAGAAGGAGAAAAGAAACGGUAUAAGGCAGAACAAGAGAGACAGGAGCAUAAACAUAGGCGUCAGUUUGAAGAAUUAAAAGCAUCGUGUGAAUCUGCAAUUAAUGAGUUGGAACAAUUGCAGAAUGAAAAGAGGAAGAUGCUGAUGGAACAUGAAACUACCAAAGUAAAACAAUUAGAUGAACAACACAACAAUAAACUUAAGGAGUGGAAAGUUAACCUUAAACUUCGGAAACAGGAACUAGAGGUGGAGUUCUCCAAACAAAAGGAAGAACAAGAACAGUUUUAUAGAAACUUUGCCUUUACAGACUGUGAAUUCACUGUAGGAUCAGAAUCAACUUUUAAUCCAACAAUUAAUCUUAAAUAAUAAAAAUCUAUUUUUCAACUGAUAAAUUAUAAUUUGAGGAUGUUUUGAUUGCAUGCCAUUUAAAAAUACUAAGGAUUAUGAUACAGAAAUUUUGUUUAUUUUUUUUUUCAAAACAUAUAUGUGAAUGCAGUAUAAUUUGGCUUUUGCUUUAUUAUUUACAAAAUAAAAUUUGACACAAAUGUAUCUCAGAGAAAAUGAUUUUUGUUAGUCUUAAGAAAUUGAGAUUUGUUUAUUAAAGUUUAUUUCAAAGUAAAAUACAGUAUUAAAAAUACUUGGCAGAAUUUACUUAUUUGGGAGCCAUACCACUCUUUCUCUCGUUUUAGUAACUUGUAAGAGAAAAAACCUUGUGUGACUUUCAAGUAGGUUCAUUUUUCUCAAGUAUUUUUAGUAGUUUAGUGAUGCAAUGAAAUUGAAUAGCAAUGGUAUCAAAUCACUGAGGAGUAAUUCUAUAAUCAGGAUUUUCAGUAUUGUUAAGUUACAACCUGGAGGCUAAAGCUCUGUGAUUAAACAUGAUUAUGCUGGUAACUUAUCAGUUUAUCUGUACGUCAGUUUUCAACUUGGUAAAACACUGUGGUGACCUGGAUAUCAACGAAUUAUUUUUAUCUACAGAUUUUUAUUUGGUUAUAUACAUGUUAGUUUUGUAUUGCAACAUCCAAAAAAUGCUGUGAUUGAAAGCUUAAUGACCUAUUUUGGUACAUGUAACUUCCUAUAGAGAGGGAAAGAAAUGUAUUAAAUUGUUGGUGCCAGAGGUGUAUAAAUGUUGAAUAUAAGAUACCAGUUUUUUAGAGAACUCUGUGUUCUAAAAAUUUACAAUAAGUGACUUUGGGUAUAGUACUUACUGAUCAUCUUGUAUUUUAAUUUCACUAUCAACGUUGAUUACAAAACAACUUGAAUUUGUGCUAUGUUUUACUGUACUUAAGUAUUCUGUCCUGAAAUUAGUUAUUCGUAGGUAACUUCACAUACUUAAU